GAGAGGUCCCCGGGAGGCCCCUCGCAGGCCGUAGCCGUUUGGGCCACAGCCCCUGCCGCGUCGGCACAAGAGCUCUCCCCGGCCCCUGCGGGCCCUGCCCACGUUCUCUCGGUCUUGGAUCCUGGGCUCUCCUGCCCCGCCUGCCUCCCGCAUGGCGGCCGCUCUCGCUCCCGUGGUGCGGCGGCUGCUGGCUGCGCUCGCGUGGUCGGCCGUGCGCGCCGAGGGCUGGCGGGCCGCUCCCGGCCCGGCCGCGGGCGGCAGGAGCGCCUUCCAGGGCCGCCUCUCGGAGGCCCUGCAGGAGGGCCUCCGGUGCGGCACCCUGGUGACGCUGCACCGCGCCCUGGAGGUCGAGGCGGCCCUGGUGACCCUGUGGGCGUCCCUUCCGAAGGGGCCGUCCGGCCGCGUCGGGCACCAGCUCCUGCGCUACGCGGUCCACCACUACUUCCGCCACGAGUAUUCCGUCAUGAUCCGCGGCCUCGAGUCCGCCCGCCCAGUCAACCAGAGCCUGCUGGAGGCCGACGUCGUCCGGCGGCGGCUGCCCCCUCCGCUCAGGGACCUGCUGCGGUCGGAGGAGGCGCACCGCGAAGGCUUCGACCUGACGGACACGGUGCAGAUCGUCCUGCUGGUCGAGCGGGCGAUCGCCGACGACGACGCCUUCCAGCUGGAGAUGGUGUACCACAGCCAAGGACGGCGCUGGGACCGCAAGCUGGGAGCGUGGCAGUUGAAGGAGGUCCUGGAGCACUACUUGCACGACUGGCUGUACCACACCAAGUACGGCCGACCGUUUUCCGCCGACCAUGCCGCUGUCCUUCAGUUCAUCCUCGGCCAGAUAUCACUGUUUGAUUUCAACCGGCAGCGUCAGUGGAAGUCAUUCGCGGCUCAUUCGUAUUCAUUUGACGAUGCCGCUGAAAUUGUGGACAGCAUGACGAAGUCGUUCGCAUAUUUCUGGGACGGCCAUUGCAGCGAUGUGCGGCAAGUGUUGACGACUCUGGACAGGCACAGUACGGGACGGGUGGACAUUGCAUCGUUCUACCUGGGUGGACUGCAUGGCGGGGCGUCGGGAUUGGUGGAGUCUGAGGACUACUUGCAGAAGCUCGGCGUGCUGGACGACUCCAAGGCUCACGGAAAGGACGUCAUCAUCCCGAACUACCUCGAGUCUGCACCGAAUUGCGCCGCGGCCACCACGCUCUACCUUGUCUGUUGCCCGGACCACUGUGAGGACACCUACAAGGAGAUCGAGGCGGCAGUGGCAGGACCCACCGGGACCCCAAGGCAGCUCUUGGAGAUCGCGGGCAGCAUGACGUCCCAGCUGGACCUGGAGCGGGAGGAGGAGCCGGACCACCUCGGGGGUACGCUCUCCACGCUGCUGAACAUCAUCGCGUCCAAGCACGGCGGAGUGGUCCCUCUGCACGGGCGGCUCUUUGCGCAGUGGCUGCACUACGCCUUCCCUCGCGAGUGCCCCUUCCCCCAGCGGAGCGGC